CAUCCUUCUCUCCCACUCCUGCUUUCGUUUCCGCAUCUUGCGGAUGUUCAAGUAUCAGCUUCUUUUCUUCUGAUUCGCCGCCGUCCUAUCCGCCCUCAAUUCCUCCGCUCUCUCCGCCUUGCGGCGAGCCUUCAUGCGCAAUCUCCUCUCCUUCGUCUUCGACAUCUCUGCCUUCUCCUUCCCCUCUUCUUCCUCCUUAUCUUCUUCUUCGUCGUCAUCAUCAUCGUCAUCGUCGUCAUCGUCGUCAUCAUCGUCGUCGUUCUCUUCUACCAUCUCCUCCUCCUCUCUCUCAUCCUUCUCUCUCUCUCUCUGUCCCUCCCCCUCCUCUCUCUGGCGGAUUGCUAGUGUGCUGGACAUUGUGCUGUGGGUGUUUGAAGUUGGUGUUAUGUUGAUGACUUUGGGAAAGGAUGGAGAAAAAGAAUCGAAAUGGAAAAACAGGUGAACUUCUUAUACCUGGACCUACGACCCACGCCUCGCUCAUCACCAACAGCAAUAACCUUAAAUCUUAACCUUUCUGGCCAAUCAC